CACGCAGCGCCAAUGCAGCGGCAAACUGCAGGGGGAAGCGUCAGUAUUGCCUGAAAAUAAUUCAUCUCCAGCACUCCGUUUGUUGUAGUAACCGCACGUAGCGACCAAAGUUGUUGCUGAAGCCACGGUAAUUCACAUUAAAAAAACAGAAAAUGUUCAACCUAACUCCAAAUGCCAGGCAUUGUCAUUUUUGAAAAAAAAAAGCUCUACAGUUUAAUAAUGUAAGCUAUAAGGCUGUGCAGAGAUUGAACCAAAGUGACCAUGAGCCAAACGACAACACCAGACUCAGGGGACGCCUUGGAGUGGUCGGGAGGGGGAAAUGAUACUUUGAACCUGUCCUCACCCCCAGGAGAAAUAGAGCUUAAAGUAGCCAUUCUGUGCCCUGGCACUGAGACAAACAGCAUUAAACAGCUUCUGAACGAGUUCAAAGGACUGUACGAGCAAAGGUUGAGAUGCCUGGAGCUGGAUACCACUAUAACCCGAGAGGAAACACUGCAGAGGAAAGUGGAUUUCCUGCAGUCUUAUGUGAAUGACCUCGCAGACCAGAACCAGGUGUUGGUUCAGACCAUUGAAGAUCUGCAGAAGGAAGCUGACCACAAGGUUUCCUAUUUGGGAAUGAAGCUACACACCUCUGAUGAUAUUUUGGAUGUGUCCGACAUUGUGCCGAGGACUUUGUUGUUGGACGAGCUCGGUGGACCAAUGACUGACAUCCCACACAAGUCUGGUUCCCUGGUCCAGAUUGCCUCAGAAUUAGAGGAGCUGAAAAUCCAAUUGCAAACCAAGGACAUGGUCAUCUGUGAUCUGGAGAGGGAGCUGAGAGAGAAUAUACAGCAAAAGAAAAAGACUGCAAUGCAGGUGCCGGAAGGUGGUGAGAGGCUGGUGCACCUGAAAAGUGAGCUGUCUUGUCUGCAGCGGAUCCAGAAAGACAACAUGAAGGAGAUUGCUGAGAAAGACAUCUGCAUCACCAAACUGCAAGCUAACAUUCAGCUGCUGCAACACGAAGGUGUCGACACACAUGCUCAGCUCUCCAAGCUGAAUGUGAGAGUAAGAGAGCUGCAAGAGGAGGUGAGGAGAAAAGAGGAGGAGUGGAUGCGAAGAGAAGACGAACAAAGACUGAAGUAUGAAAAGGAGCUUCAGAAAGCAGAAGACAGGAAAAGGCAGGAGCAACAGAAGAGAGAGGAUGAGAAGAGGAUGGAUGAGGAGUCAAAGAGACACUUAGAGGAAGAGAGAAAGGCCCACACUCAAGCUAUUAAAAAGUGGGCUGAGAAGGUAGCUGUUUUGAAUUCUGAGUUGGACGUCAGCAGGAAGCAGGUGGAGCGACAGAACAUGAAGCUGUCAGAGUUUCACCAGAAGGAGGAGACUCUUCUCUCUGAGGCCGAGGCCAAAAUGACGUCUUUGCGGCGUGAGCUCAGCACCUUAUUUGAGAGACGGAUGGAGGAGAAAGAGAUGAGUGUUAAACAAUUAACUGAAGAACUGAACGGAGCGAGACAGCGGAUGAAAGAAAGAGAGGAGCAUGUGAGGCACCUGGACCAGGAUGUGGUUGGUUUGCAAGCCACACAGGACUCUCUGAAGAGAACCUUGGCUAUGAAGGAGAAACACACACAACAGCUGGUCCAAGACAACACACAGCUCGAAGACAGCCUGGCUGCACUGCAGAGCAAAUUACAGACUAGUGAGUACAUGGUGAGUGACAUAAGUGAGACCCUGGAUCAGGCUGAAGCCAGUCUGAACGUGGAGAGGCAGCAGAGGCAGCAGAUUCAGGACCAGUUCCACCAUGCAAACAAAGAGGUGGAGCGUCUGCAGCAGGAAUUAACUAAUGCACGUCGCACCACUGAAAAGAAGAUUCAGAAGAGGGAGAUUAAGAUGUGCGCACUAGUCAAGGAGCUCACAGAGAGUAAGACGCAGCAGUCUGAUUGUCAGAAAAAGUUGCUGGGUAGAGAGAAGGAUUUGGAAAAGAUACGUGAGGAGAGGGAUGAGCUGAGAGCCCAGAUGGAGGACAGGAGCAGGGAGUGUGUCCACCUCAACCAGACCAAAGAGAGACUGGAGGCUGACUUGGCUCUGAGCCAUGAGAAACUCCACACCUCACACCUCGAGGUACGAAGCAGAGAUCAGUUAAUUCUGCAGUUGAGAGCUGAAAUGAAGACAGCUGAGCAGAAGCAUCAAGGGACACAGAAACAGGUGAUAGCACUGGAGGGUGAGGUCAGACGUUUGAACCAAAAGAUCAGAGGUCACAAGGAAGAGGCCUGUCAGUUAAGCAAAAAAGUCAGAGAUACUGAGCGUCUUAAAGAUCAGAAGGAGAAAGACCAGCAGCAGCUACAUGAUCAGCUCUGUAUUAGUCAGCAACAGAUUGGAGCAUCUGAAGAGAAGCUGAAAAAGCAGGUAGUUGAGCUGGAAUUCCUUCAUCAGCAGCUGAAAGGAGCCAAAGAGGAGCUGAAAGAGGCCAGUUUGCAAACCCAGGAGCAGAAAGAAACAGUUGCAACUUUUAAACAGAAGUACACAGCAGCAAUAGAGAAGGUGCAUAGGGUGCAAGGGAAGGCUGAACUUUUAGAAGAGGAGCUACGGUAUUCACAGCAACAGCUAAGAGAGUCCCAAUUAGCAACUCAUUCAGUGAAGGAAGAGCUAGCUGAGCUGGAGCGGCGGUACCAUGAAAAAGUUGGCCAAUGGGAGAGCUCACAGGAGUCUCUUGACCAGUUGACAGAUGAACUCCAGGCCAAUCAGAAUCGACUGAGGGAGAGCCAGCAAAAAGCGGACCACUACAAAAGCCUGAUGGGUACCCUGCAGGAGCAGGUGGACACACUCAAACAACAGAAUCUGAUGUUUGAGUGUGACCUAAGGCUGUAUCAACAGAGUCAUUCUCAUUCUGAUGAGGAGUACCUCAGCCUGCUAAAACACAGACAGCAGCUAGAGAAGCGCUGUACUGAGCAGGUCGAGCGCCUUGCGGAGUGUGAAAAGGCUAUUCUUCAGAUGAAGUCAGAGCUGGAGAGACAAAAUCAGGAAAAGGUGGGUCUGAAGCAAAGUCUUGUUGCAUCCCAUCAUACACUCCAAACCAAUCGCAGCCAGCUGGAACAAGAAGUGACACGCCUGAAUAAGGAAGUUACACGCUUAGAGCUUGAGCUGGCGGACACCCAAAAGGUACGUGUGAUGCUCCUCAGGCAGUCAGAGGAGGAGCUGAAGGAAGCCAGGCGAGAGGCUGCCAGAAGGUGCAGGGAGGUGGAUGUUCAGAAAGGAGAGGUACAGAGACUUCAGGAAGGGUUACAAAAAGGGGAGGAGAAGGUGAUGAGCGCCCUCAGAGAGAAACAGAGCCUGAGCAGUCACAUCAGGCAGCUGAGCCAAGAGCUUGAGGAGCUGCGCAGCAAGCAUCAUCUGACAGUGGAGGAGUUGGCAGCCUGUGCAGAGGAGGCGAGGCGGAUGGCGGGGUGCCUGAAUGAGGGAAAGCUAGCAGAGGAGAAAAUAAGGUCAAUGGUUGUGAGGCUGGAGACGGAGAUGGCAGAGCUCAGGAAGAACCUCCAGCAGGCUGUCGAUCAGAAACUCAAGGCUGAGAGAGAGAAACAGGAUGCACAGGACCAGGUGGACACACUCAGGUCUGAACUUGAGGUGAUGUGGUCAGACAAUGCAAACCUUCGCCAUGAGAGCCAGCUGGUCAUGGCUAAUGUCAACCGUUGGAUCACUGAACAAAAGGCUUCCAAUGAGAGCCUCACUGCCCAGAUGAAGGCCCAAAACAAGAUGCUGCUCAUCAUCACUGAAGAGAAAGAACAUCUUCAGGAGGCUAAUGACACACUUAAAGUGGAGGUAAAGAGACUGAAAGAAGUGGCGGAUGAGAAGGAGAGAGAGAUGGGACGCUUCAAGGCCCAGAUCCGAGACCAGGGCACAUGGCAAGACGAGAGAAUCGUGGAAAAGCAGGGUUGUGUGGCUCUAAAUCUUAGCAAAAUCGAGGACAUGCAGACCAGACUGCGAAGCAACCUGGAGGCCAUCGGAAUGCUAAAUCAACAACUAAACGCCCUCAGCAGAGAGAAUAAGCGGUUGCGUAGGCAGCUGGAGGAGGAGAGGUCCAUGCGUAGACAAGUGGACCGACUGCUCCCUCCUCCUCCCACCUCCCAGCACUCUUCCUCCAUUCACCUCCCCCAUUCCCCAAGUGCCCACCCACCUCCUCUCUCCACCUCCUUUCCCUCAUCCCUCCGCCUCCCUCAUCCACUGAGCCUGGACCGAGCGACUGGGGACACUGAAGGGAUUCUAACCCAAACUAAGCUGAGCCGAACUGGGGUAGAGAGACCAGGUGAGUCCCAGGCUUUGGGUAAAGCGUUCUGGACGAGGCCGACUGCAGAGCGCUCUGUCUCAGCCUCUCUGGAAGAUGGUUGGUCUGGGAGGACAAGCAGGGAUCUGACCAAAUAAAGCCCCCAGAAGACUUUGACCUGUCAUGACUUUUUGACCCCCAUCUCCUCACCAGGGAAUGUACUCAGUAUGAGGUUAAUGUCCUGCAGGUCAAAGUCAAGUCCCAGGGUGCCUUUUGCCUGAGGGGAGCUCCAGAACCAGAGAAUAAUGGAAUUCCCUCAAAUCUUUCAAAAAAAUCACCUUAUUCUAUAUUCUUACUCUAUUCUUAUGUAUCUUACUCUACUACUAUGUCAUGAAGACUUUUAGAUUUAAAAUCUAAUACUUUUUACUUGAACUACUCAAAAAAAAUCCAUCAAUUGCGUCCUCAAUGCUCUGAGCAACGGUACCUGAAAACAUUAGCAUUUACUUUUUUAACGACAAAACUCUAGCACUAAACACUGAAACUUACUUGAAAAUGGAGACAGCUCCGAUGAAGUAUAAUCAAUAUAAAUAGGCAAAUGAACUAAACAGAGGAAGUGACUAACUGAGGAUUCUUUAGUGUUGAUGAAUGUGUCUUACACUGGAGAUGAGUCUCACUGUGGAUAAAUGAGGGACGGCACAUCAUCAGUAUCCACAGCCAUACCUCAGAUGUUGAUCUGAAUGGCUGUAACACAGUCUCUGAUUACGCUGCAGCUGUGCGCCAUGUGUCCCGCGUCUACUGUGGUAAAUGUGGCCGUGUGUCUUUAUGUGUGAGUACAUUAUGUGUCUGCGUGCUUCUGUCUCUCUCUACGUGCCUGCGGGCCAUUGUGUGCUCGUGCAACUGAGUGCAUUAGGUGUUUAAUAUUGUAGAUGUUUUAUAUUUUGUUUUAUACUUUUUAAAAACUAUUUAUUGAUGUUUCCCUGUUGCUAUGUUUGAGCCCAUGUGUUGUAAUGACAGAAAAAU